GCAUUGAAUUAGUUGCAAUUGCUUGAUUUAAAUGCCUUACGUUAAAUUUAUUUUAAGACCGCUAUCUACAUAAUGCCGGACCGUCGAUGACGGUGGAUGACGACACUUUCCAGUAUUUAGCUCUGACCUAUGCAAGGUCACACCACACUAUGGCUAAAACAGGUGGCAACGAAUGCGGCCAGUACCUUGAGAAGUACUUUAAGAAUGGCAUUUCAAACGGAGCCGAUUGGUAUUCUGUGUUAGGAAGCAUGCAGGACUACAACUACCUUGCUGAAGGCAUAUUUGAAAUCACAAUAGAAUUUUCCUGCUGCCAUUUUCCGAAUGCCUCAUCUCUCCCCGAUUAUUGGGUGGAGAACAAAGACGCAUUGGUCAACUACCUUUUGUUGGCUCACAUGGGUGUAAAGGGAUACAUUCGGGACCAAAACAACAACCCGUUAAAUGGCGCUGUGUUAAGCCUUAAAGGACGAGCAUUCCCGACAUUCAGGUCUAAACAUGGCGGCCAGUACUUCCGACUCCUCAUGCCAGGCACAUAUACUUUGAAUGUCAGUUACAAGAACCACAAGAGGACCGAAAAGUUCAUCGUGUCGACAGGCGUCGUCACACGCGUUGACGUCACUUUGGACCUUGACAAACUUGAAACUUCAAAUGAAACUGUUGACGCCAACAAAACUGAUACUUGGUCAGGGCCUGAAAUCCCUUGCAAGAAGAAUGAAUCUGGUGUUGCAAAGUGA